CCAAUAAAAGUCUCAUCAUCAUAAAAUCGCAUACCAUCGUUGUGCCUCUUUUUAGAGAUGCAAGUUUGAAUUUAGAAUGGAUACAAAAAUACAUACCGAGCACUGGGACAAAACCGGUGAUGUUAGUUGAAACGUAUGGUGCUCGAUUUACUUUGUGUGGUCGUAAUGACACUAUAGAAACUCUUUGGAAUGGAGGUAGCGCAGAACAAAGUAAUGGGAUUCUGAAUCGAUUAAAGAACUUUCGCUCUGACCGUCCAAAACAUGAUCGCAACCUUCAUCCAAUCCCAUUCCUAGCAUGUGGUCCCGGCACAGGAAAAAGUCGGUUUUUGCAGGAACUUGUUAAUAUUAUUCGCGAUAAGGCUUUAAAUUCUGGAGAUGAAGAUAUUGCAUCUUUGUUAGGAAAUGCAGUUUUUCUGAACGUUACUUAUGGAAAUGGAACAUAUUUCACGGAUUUUGACAUUAAUAUUGGAGCAGAAGCUUCGGUAGCUUUGAGGAUCUUAUUCAGCUAUUUUGUACAUGGCAAUAUAAAUGUGAGCUUUACUAAGUUUAGAGACACUAUUGGGCAAGAAAAUGCAAAGCAAUUAACAUUGGCUCGUGUUUUAAGAACCAUUUACGAAAGUAAGCAUGAAGAAGACAAAAGUAUUAAUAAGCUUGCAAUUAUUGUCGGUAUUGAUGAAGUCAACAAAGUAUUUGAUAAAGAUUACGAUAAAUUUCGUGAUCUCAUAUCUGCAAUUGGCGGAACGAGUUGUGAUUCAGAAAUGUUUUUUGUUCCAGUCUUAGCGGGUACAGUAGAGGGUCCACUUCAGUCAAUUAUUACAAAAUCAAUGCAUCCACCUCUUCAGUUACCAUUGCAUUUGCUGGAUAUAGACGAUAUGUUAAAAAUAGCGUGUGAUCUUGGCUUUGAUCAAGACUUUGUUUAUAAAGAUAAUCUUUUCAGACGUAUGAUUUCUGAUAUAGGUGGUCAGGUGCGCGCUUUAGAAAUGUUUUAUGAAAAAAUUUCGAAAGCAUCCAGAACCCGCGGAUUGAAAGGCAUUGAUUUAGUGGACAUUAUGUUCUCACUUGAAUCAUUAUUAAAAGAACGGUAUGCAUUUAGAAUUUGUGCUAACAUGAUCACCUCAGUGCUCGCAAAUGCAAUUUUAGAAAGACCUGUUCGUGAUGACGAUUCUCCUGGCAAGGAUGAAAAGGAUCAGCUUAUCACAUACAAAAUAUUAAAGUCCAAUGGAAUUUUAACACUUGAACCAACUAGUAGAAAAAAUAAUGGCUUUUUUUAUAUACGUCUCCCCUAUCUUUGGGUACGAUUACUGAUAAAAAAUGCUGAUAAUAGAUCAAUUCAUAAAUUCUGGCAUGUACUUAUUGAUCCUGAUGAACCAUUUUAUUGGCAAGAUUGGGAAAUUUUUAAUGUUAAGUUUUGGGCCUUGCGCUAUUGUUUAUUUUCAGCACUUGGACACAAACAUAUAGAGUUAAAUGAACUGUUAAAAGGAGCACGUUAUUCAGAUAACUUAGAUGUGGAUGAAAAUGUAGAUAUUCCUGAUCAUGAAUCUAUUAACACGCAUUAUCUUAUUCAUCGAUUUCCUCCUUUUAACGGCUCUAAUUUUAGUUUGUUAAAUAAAACAUGUAAUAUUUCACUUAAAGAUAAUAGUAAAAUUUGUAAAAAUGGAGGAGGGGCAGAAGGAGAUGG